UAAUCAUAUUCAAAAUACCAUAUGCAUAUACAGCUCAAGAGCCAUGGAAAUGAUUCAGUUUAAUCUGUUUUCCCACAAGCCAGGGUUUUGCCAUCAUCAUGGGAAACCACAUGGAAAUUAUCUGCAUCCAUAAGUGCAUGUGUCUAUGAUCAGCUGUGUUGAACUGCACAUAGGCUCCAAACCAGAUGUGUUUUCAGAUAGAGCUUCAUUUGUUACACUGCUUAAUUUAAACAAUGCUGAAAUCUAGGGAGAGAUUUCACUAAUUUCAGUGCCAGUCACAAAAUCAAUUUCGAUCCUCUCAUACAGGUAUGGUGUCAAACUUACACCUAUUAUAAAACGUGAUAUCGCUGAAAUAACCAAGCUGGGGACCGAUGAAAGUGAGAGUUAUGGGAGGAACACGGGGGCUUAUCGACUCUUGCUAUUACUUUUACCUUUUUCCCGAACAGUCAUCUGCAGACUCCACAUUCUCAAAGAAAAAAAGAAAAGCCAAAGCCUAUAAGGAACUCGGUCGGUUCCCGCCACCAAAGCCAUUAAAAGAAGUGGUAAGGUGCAAGUGUUUUUCAAAGCCACCUCCACUAUCCACUCUUAUUAUAAAUAUGGAAACAGGCCUUUCUGGCUCUGUAUACUUUCCAAAGCCAAACUUGGUCUUUGUCAAGUUGCUCUAGUGCUCGCAGUGGUCACUUGAACAAGCAUCUCGCUUGUUUCAACUUCAAAUAUUAAUUGUCAGGUAGUCUUUUGAUCUAGUUUCUGAUAAUUCGUAGUGCAAAAGCAAUUCAAACAGUUUUUGUUUUUUGAGGUCCGGCAAGUGGAAAGACUCUAGAAGAGUUCUCUUUUGUUUCCACCAUUUAAGACUUCUACCAAGUUGAACUUAACAUGGAGCAUUCUCGUCUCUCUUUACUAGAAUUUGGCAUUUCUUUCAUUUGCUUCUUCCUUUGCACCCAAGCUAGGUGGCAUAACCAUACAAAACACCACAAACACAAUAAAAAUCACAGAUCAUCCACAAUUUCCGAACCUCCCACUCCUCCACCUGAGCCCGCUGAUCCUUCAGAUGGGAGUGGCUAUAACUCUAGUGGAGUUUUUGAUGUACGAAAUUUUGGGGCUAUAGGUGAUGGUAUAAUAGAUGAUACGGACGCGUUCAAGAUGGCAUGGGAUGCGGCCUGCAACCAAGUUGAUCCUGCUGUCAUCCUUGUUCCUUAUGGUUUUGAUUUCAUGAUCCAAUCUACAAUUUUCUCUGGUCCUUGCAAAGAUGGUCUAGUGUUUCAGGUUGAUGGGACUCUUAUGCCACCUGAUGGACCUGAUUCUUGGCCACAGAAGAACAGCAGACGUCAAUGGCUUGUAUUCUACAGAAUAAAUGAAAUGUCACUUCAAGGAGGUGGUGUGAUAUAUGGCAGAGGAGAGAAAUGGUGGGAUCUUCCUUGUAAACCCCACAAGGGAAUAAAUGGAACAACAAUGCCUGGACCUUGUGAUAGUCCAACUGCCAUAAGGUUCUUCAUGAGCUCAAACCUAACUAUCCAUGGACUUAAAAUCAAGAAUAGCCCACAGUUCAACCUCAGAUUUGACAACUGCAAGAAUGUUCAUGUAGAAUCAAUUCACAUUACCGCUCCUGCCUUAAGUCCCAACACUGAUGGAAUUCAUAUAGAGAACACCAAUGGUGUUGGGAUAUAUAAUUCAGUGAUCUCUAACGGCGAUGAUUGUGUAUCAAUAGGGUCAGGUUGUUUUAAUGUGGACAUAGAGAACAUCACAUGUGGACCGAGUCAUGGAAUCAGCAUCGGGAGUCUAGGAAAUCACAAUUCACGAGCCUGUGUUUCCAAUAUCACAGUCAGGGACUCGGUGAUUAGAGUCUCGGAUAAUGGAGUUAGAAUCAAGACAUGGCAAGGUGGAUCGGGAGCAGUAUCAGGAAUAACUUUCAGUAAUAUUCACAUGGACAACGUCAGGAAUCCGAUUAUAAUUGACCAAUUCUACUGCCUCACCAAGAGGUGCGCCAACCAAACAUCUGCCGUUUCAGUAUCAGAAAUUCUCUAUGAAAACAUAAAGGGAACUUACAAUAUUCGAAGCCCGCCAAUGCAUUUUGCGUGCAGUGACUCACUCCCAUGUACCAACAUAACACUCUCAGAUGUUGAGCUUCUUCCUGCUGAAGGAUAUUCAGUACUGGAUCCAUAUUGUUGGAAUGCAUAUGGAGAUUCACAAACCCUAACCAUUCCUCCAGUUUCUUGCUUGAUGGAGGGCAUUCCCGGAUCAAUCUUGAAUAAUGACAUGCAUUACUGUUGACUCAACUGCUAGCUAGAGCCUUUUCGAAUCUUUUCUCCAUCCAAUCCCAUCUGAAGAGCUAAUGGCUUUAUUAUAUAUAAAAAAAAUCCCUUCUGAAGAGUCCGGCAAUUUCAAACUUUUUUUUUCAUUAUCCAAACAUCCAUAUUUGUAUAUAUAACAUGUUUAGUGCAAUGAAUGCAUUCAGCAUAUCUCUUUUACCUUAA